CUCUCUCUGUCUCUCUCAGGACCAUCAUGCACCUGAAGUCGUACCCGCUUGUGCGCUCAGAGCUGCGUCUGGACGUGUCUCCGCAGAGCGGCGUGUUUGUGAGCCAGCAGGUGAGAACCUGCAGCAGUAACCGUGGCAACAUCAGCAGCAGCAGCCGCCGCCCGUUCAGCGUCCUCUCCACUAACACACUGCGCCGCGGCAACGCCACAAGCAGCACCGUCAGCAGCGUGGCAUCGCUCAGACUGAAGGCCCCGCCCAGCGCCGCCCUGCAGCUGCUCCCCCCGCCGCCGGGAUGUGAAAACGACACGCUCAGACUGUACCGGACCGCCACGGAGGACGGCGACGCCCCGCUGGACAUCUGGAACGUCAUCAAGCCCGGACACGUUCGCGAGAAGAUCGCCAUCUUUGCUUCAGAUGGUGAGCGGACCGACGGCGCCAGGGACAGCGAACGCACCUCGACCAGCAGCUCCGGCAGCCACGACAGGACGGCGGCAGAGUGUACAAACCACGGCGCCAUGUCGGGGCUGUUACGGGCGGUGAAGGCGAAGGGAAGCUGGGAGGAAAACUGCAGCGCCAAACGCCGCCGCAGGUCUGGAAACAACCAGAACCUCCAGCAGGACCAGAGGACCCAGGUCCUGGACACGCAGCAACACGCCGACAAACCGUCUCCACGGCACUCGGACUCGACCCCUCUGGCGGCCGGCCAGUGUGGAGACGAGGCGGUGACGGAGCAGAAGGUGUCUGUGGGGGAGAUGGUGGCGUUCCUGGAGCAGAGAGCGAGCGAGCAGCAGCCAGACUCCAAACCUCAGCUCGCCCUCCAGAGGAGCUCCACCAGCAUCACGCUGUCCAGAGCCCCGCCCCCAGAGGUCAGGGGGGAGGAGCCGGAGAGCAUCAAGGUGUCAGACAUGGUGGCCAAGCUGGAGUCGGAGUGUCUGAGGAGGAGGACGGAGGGAGACCUGUCCAGGAGCAACAGCCUGAGGAGGACGGUGGGACGAGUCCUGCUCGCCGCUGGUUACCUGAGCCCCGCCCCCUCACAGCCUUCGUCACCAUCAUUGAUGAUGUCAUCGUCGUCUUCACUGUCAUCACUGCCGGGAACUCAGAAUGCGGGCAGGGAGCCAAUCAGCAGGUCAGAAACACCUGCCUCAGCUCCGACCACGCCCCUCCCCUCAGGCGAGGCUGCGGUCGAGGCUCAGGAGGCCGGGGGGGCUGGAGGUCUGGAGACGCAGAGCGCCGUCACAGAGACAAUGACGGGAGCCCCGCCCCCUUUGCCUGAGAAGGCGGAGCCUCUGCCAGGCUUGUUGUUCUUGUCUUGUGCUGCCUCAGAGACUCUCCCCCACACAGACUCUGAGCCCCGCCCCCCACGCCACAGAACGACCCUUGACCUGGAGCCUGCCCCAUCUAAGCCCCGCCCCCCUUCCGCUCGUGAGUCUGGCAGCCAAUCAGAGAAGAGGAGGAGAAGGAGAAAGGCUGACCGCGGUCGACAGGAGGCGGUUAUCACGACGCCUCCCUGCUCCGCCGUGGCGCCUCUGGGGCGGCGAGCGUCGGUGUCGCAGGACUUCCUGCAGAUGCGUCAGCGGCUGCAGCAGCUGCUGGAGCCGCUGGAGCCGCAGCCGUACCUGUCGGUGCUGCCGCACCACCUGCUGGUGAAGAUCUUCCUGCUGCUGCCCACGCAGAGCCUCGCCGCGCUCAAGUGCAGCUGCAGCUACUUCAAGUUCAUUAUCGACAACUACGGCGUGCGGCCCGCCGACUCGCUCUGGGUGUCCGACCCCCGUUACCGCGACGACCCCUGCAAACAGUGCAAGAAGCGGUACGGCCGCGGCGACGUGUCGCUGUGCCGCUGGCACCACAAACCGUACUGCCAGGCGCUGCCCUACGGCCCCGGGUACUGGAUGUGCUGCCACGGCGCCCACAGGGACGCGCCCGGCUGCAACGUGGGUCUCCAUGACAACCGCUGGGUGCCGGCGUUCCACAGCAUCAACGUGCCGAUCUACAGGCGGGGCCGCGCCGACGACUGAGCCUGUGUUAGAGACUGCUCCCAUGAUGCAACAGCAGCUCAGAGCUACCUGACUGGGUUCAGCUCAGUUUGAGGAAAUUUAAAAGUAAACGACAACAAACAGUUUGUUCUGGAGCCGUGUUGCUUCACGCUGUCGCUCAGCAGGUGGCGCCCCCUGCUGCUCCGCCCGCUUCCUCACAGCCGUUCAACAAGUUGUUCUCACGCCGUCAGUCGUUUAUCUCGUUAUCUCGUUAGCCUCGCGUUAACGGCAGCUCGUUGGCGGCCUCGCGUUGGCGGCUGCUCGUUAGCGUUAGCUGGAGGCAGGAAGUGUCUCUGCCAGGACUCUUCUCCUCCGUCUGCAGCGAGUCUGACAUCAGCGGAUUAACUGAAACGUGUUUUCUCGUGUCUGUAAAAAUAAAAACUAACCAUGAAAGAUUCUGUGGAACAAAUAUAAACGGCUCAGAUCAACAUUAACGCUAAACGGGGAAGUUUCCCGCCCUUUACUGGCGGCGGCUCAGUUAACCCUCGGUUGUCGUCGCAGAGAAGCCGAAUAAAUGACGAGACUUCUCGAAAACAAUAUAAAGCUCACAAACUGACGUGCUUUGUCUGUUCACUCGGCCUCCUCGUCAUCUACACUGAUGACUUCCUGUCUCUCCUCUCUGGCGGCGGCGUGAUUUCCUUGCAUGAAUUAGAAAGCGCCGCAAAGUGGCAGCAAACAAACCGUCUUUGUGUUUCCGCGCGGACACAAACGGGCUGAGGUUAGUUUGACGAUCGUCAGCUGGACACCUGCGUUCACCGGUGCUCCCAUGAUGCACCACGAGAGCAGGUGUCCUUUAAACAAGCUUGUCGUUUGAUGUUCAGCAUGAUGCGUUUAAAAACCAGCAGAAAAAUCAGAAUCUGCAGCUUUUAUCUGUUUAAUUUAAAUAUAAACCGUUGGGCUAAAGGUGAUCGUCACUAUCUGUUCUGUGUUCUGACGGUCGCUCUGUGUUCACCUGUGAGGAGGCGGAGCUUCAGUGGGCGCCAUCUUGAUGAGCAGAAAUGAAUCUGCAGUAGCUUUUAUCUGCACCUUGUUUGUGUUUACAUUUGUACAUAAAUCACAAAGAGUUUAUGAGUCUGAACGAGGAUCCUUCUUCUGGUCGUGACCUCGUGUUUCUUCGAUCAGCGGAGUGAUAAUCACCUGUGGCGAGGAGGAAACGUGGCCUUGAGUCUCGGAGACGAUGCAAUAUUAGAAAGUGACUGACUAUAAAAAAGAAAGAAAUGACCUUUGACCUUCAGAGAUUUUAGUUUGUUUUUUUUAAGGGUUUGUUGUUUUUCUGUCUGCCGGCGGUUUCUCUGUUGAAAAGAUGUUUUGCUUUAAUAAAGUGCUUUCUCAUUG